AUGGCACGGGGUUUUGUUUUCCGGAUACAAGAGAGUAUGGGCCAACGUGCUGCACUCAUCCUGCGCUCCUGCCCUGGUCCUGCUUUUUCGUCCAUCGUCGUUAUCCUCUACUGGACUGGAGUAUGUCCUCGAAACUGCCGGCCUGCUGAAUCGCCACGAGCACGGAUCUUUGCCCGGGCAAUCCCCUGCAAGCGCAACGUAAUUAAUCACUUCCCCUUCCUGUCACGGAGUGGCUGGGAUGUGUGA